AUGGUCAAAAUCCAUCAUACCAUCCUAUUACUUUCAGCUAUUCUCGCAACAAUAAACGCUCAAAGUGAGCCCAUAGGAACUUUAAAAUCAGUAGCUGAAUUAGCUUUCGAGCUUAAAGAUAUCAAUCAACGAGAGAAUAAUGACUCUGAUAUCAUUAGCCAAGACAUCGAGCAAAGAUGCGGAAAGCUCAUAGGGGCAAUUUCAGCAUCUGAAACUGAAUCAUUUAAUAGCAUGAACCAAGCUAAACAGCAGCAAAAAAAAUUGGAAAUUGAUUUAGAGCAAUCAAAAGAAUACAUAUCAAACAACAAUCGUCAACUAAUGCAUGACUCCGAACAGAUUGUCGACCUUCAAUCAAAGCGCUGCUUUGAAAAUGAGAGAUUUGUCAAUGACUUAAUCGAUUUGAAAGAAUCUUUGGAAAAAGUAGAUUUUCUUAAAGCAAAUUUGAAAGAAUUCUUCAAGUCCAAAGGGGUAGAAUUCUUAGAAACAAUUAAAGAGGUUUCUAAAAAUACUGGAAACACAGACUCCCUAUUAGAAAUUGAAGCAAACUAUGAUUUGCAUUCACACCCUUAUGAAUUCAACACAGCCCAAAGAUAUGCUGAUGAUAAAAAAAUGACUCUAGAAGAAGCAAUGAAAAUUUCAGGCAAAAAGGGUCAAAAACUAGAAGAAGAUUUAGAAAUAUUGCUAAAUAAGAUUGAAAAAGAUAUCGAGCAGGCAUUUCAAGAUGUUGAAAGAAGAGAAAUACAAACCGCAAACGAUUUCGUUCUCAUAGAAAUGGAUCUGCAAAAGCAAGCUGCUCAAUUUCUUGACGAAAUUGAAAGAAAGCAGCUUCACAUUGCAAAGGUUAAAAGAGACAUGGAAUCUAAUGCACAGCUUUCAGACCUUAACCAAAAAGCAAUGAAUAAUCUCAAAAAAGCAAGAGAGGCUGAAGAAGCCUACUGCAGAACUAAAAGUGAUUUUUCCAGUUUUGAUGAAAGAUUAAGAAUUCACCAAAAAGAAGCUAUUGAGGAAUUGUUGUAUUAUUUCAAAACAGCCUAUCCUGAAUUAUCAACAUUCGUGAUUUCAAACGAGUAA